CUCAAAAAUACUUGAGAGGUUGCUGUAACGGUAGAAUUCAAAAUGACCAACGUCGUCCAGAGUUUCUCUGAGUUUUUUACAACCCUUGGUUUGCCGACAGUUUUGAUAUUCGUGGUAGUGUUGUUGUUAAGUCUGUGGAUUCUGUCGUCCAGCAAUUCUCGGGUGAACUGGCCGCCCGGACCUGUCUGUUUCCCCGUGGUGGGAUGUCUCCCUCAGCUGAUGAUCAGCGGUAGAAGACGACAACCGACAGAUCUUCUUCCAUGGUAUGAUACAUACGGAGAUAUCAUGCACAUCAAACUUGGUGAACAACACAUUAUAAUGCUUGGGACUUAUGAGCUGAUUGAAGAGGCUUUCGUGAAGAAUGCAGCUACAGUCAGUGCUAGGCCCACUUGGUUAUAUCUUAUAAGACGAGUAGUCGGAAAAGACGGUGCUGGGGUUAUCUUGAAAAAUGGACACGCAUGGAAGGAGCUGAGGCGAUUCACACUCUCGUCUCUUCGAGAUUUCGGCCUUGGGAGAAAAAGUUUACAAGAAAAAAUUCAGGAUGAGGCCAGAUAUUUGGUGCAAAACAUUGAAGAUGAAAAUGGAAAGGCUUUCUCUCCAAGGGAUAGGGUUGGAAAAGCUGUCAACAACAUUAUUUCUAUCGUAGUGUUUGGAGCUAGAUAUGACUAUGAAGACACCCCAAAGAUGUUGUCAGUUUUGGAGGAAUCCAUGAGAAUGAACAAAGGAGGACCACUAUCCUUUACCAACUUGGCGCGCUUCCUUUUUCCGAAAAAGAAAUUCGUCCUCGUGGAUAAAUUCUAUAGUUUGAUAAGACAGGAAGUAGAACGACACCGCCAGUCCUUUGAUCCAACUGACAUCCGGGACUUCAUUGACCUCUAUAUAAAGGUCACUCAAGAGAGACUAGAUCCAGAAAUUUUCACAGAAUGGAACGUGUUCCGCAUCAUAAUUGAUCUAUAUUCGGCAGGAACGGACACAACAGCUAAUACUUUGAGAUGGUCCCUGGUUCAUAUGGUAAAUCACCCGAAUGUACAGAAGAGGGUUCAGCAGGAAAUUGAUCAGGUCAUAGGUCAAGGUCGUGUCGCCAAGAUGGAGGACAAGGCCAGGAUGCCAUUCACUGAAGCAACCAUCUUGGAGGUCUUUCGCAUGUCUACUGUUGUUCCCAUGGGUGGUCCCCAUGCCACCAGUGAAACUACAACUUUGGCCGGAUACACCAUUCCCAAGGACACCAUAAUACUGGGAGAUUUGUACCGGGUUCUUCACGAUAAGAAUAACUUCGAGGAUCCUUACAACUUCAAACCAGAAAGAUGGCUUGAUUGCGAUGGUAAAGUGAUCAAGUCGGACAAAAUGAUACCAUUUUCCAUAGGGCCUCGUGUUUGUCUUGGUAAGGGACUGGCUGAAAUGGAAUCGUUCAUUUUCUUCACCACGUUGCUUCAGAACUUCAUCUUCAAGGUACCGGAGGGGGAGAACCCGCCCAGUGGAGUGGAGGGUCUAAACACUAUCACUUUCACGCCACACGAUUACAAUGUGUGCGCAGUUAGGCGCUAGAAUUUAAUGUAAUAGAGCAAUUGCAUGUACAUGUACAUAUUAAUAAUAAUAUGUAAUAGUGCAUUGUACCUUUGUAUAAGUAACUAUAGUAUGUAAAUAGACGUAAUGAUUUCGUAUAGGUGGUGUUAGCGCUCUUUUUGUGCCACGUGAAUCUAUACUAAAAAGAUACAUCAGUGAUCGGGAGAGAUGCAUCAGUGAUCGGACGUGAAGAAAGUACUAUAUUCUAUGUAGUAAGAUCUGUUGGAAUAAAGUCUUUUAAAAGGACAAUACAUUUGUUGUCGUGCCACGGUUGCACAUAUACACGGAUUGAAACGAUAAACUGUUUCCUAGUUUAUACAGGAUUUUCCCCCACAGCUCACUUCCUAUAUACAAUAUUGGUCAAAAAGAUUGUCUCACUCCAGUUCCAUGUGCUUUUAUUUACAAAUGAUCACCUCACAGGUGUACAUUGUUAUAAACA